AUGGAACUCAACCGAGAACAUUUUCGCGCCAUAAUUUAUUACAUUGUUAGUGGUGAUGAAUCGUGGAUUUACUGUUAUGAACCAGAAAAUAAACGACAGUCGGCUAAACAUAUUGCAACAAUUCCUCUUAAUGAGCAAAGAACUGUUACUGCGGAUUGGUAUACCACCAUUUGUUUGCCAAAAGUAAUCACCGAGCUUCGAAAAAUCAACCCCGAAAGAAGAAUCAUCCUCCAACAAGACAAUGCAAGCUCGCACACAGCCCAAAAAACAAGGCAGUAUUUAACGGAAGAAAACGUGGAAUUAUUGGACCAUCCUCCAUAUAGUCCUGAUCUAAGUCCUAACGAUUUCUUUACUUUCCCGAAAAUUAAAAACAGACUGCGUGGUCGAAGGUUCCAGUCACCAGAAGAAGCAUGGAAUAAGUGCUUCGAAAAUUGGUUCGAGCGCAUGCAGAUGUAUAUAAAUCUUCGUGGAGAACACCAAGAAAAACAAUAA